AUGCUCCUGUACUUCAACAUGUUUUACUUCCCCUGUUGGUUGUUUUCCUCUGCAUUCAUGCUGGAAGCAAAGUAUCACUAUCUUCCUGGUUACUACCAGGCUCUGCUGAUAACCGGAGUGGUCCUCGUCACAGUCAUUGAAGUGAUCCGGCUUUAUCUGGGCUACCUUGGCAACCUUAAAGAAAGGGUACCAGAGCUAGCUGCCUUCUGGCUCCUGUCGUUCACGUUCCAGCUGCCGGUGCUGCUGUUCUUCGUGACCGACGAGGGGACCCUGAUCCUGCCCCUGGAGAGGGCCGUGCACUCCGUCUACCUGCUCUUCCUCGUAUCUGAGAUCCUGGCGUCCUUCCUGGCGCUCCGGACCAUGACCCGGAAGCUCACCCUGCUCUUCCACCUGCGCCAGUUCGGCAAGCUGGAGACCCUCCGGCACCCGGGGAUGAGCCCCAUCUACGGCAUCCCGUACCACCGCGCCGUGCUGCCCAUUUCCUCCACACAUGACAUGUACCAUUAA